AUGAAUGAAUCAUUAUCAUUAACUUCAUCAAUUCAUAUUGAAAAUUCAACAAACACAUUUUCAUCUUCAUCUCGAAUAUUUAAUGUUCUAUCGACUAGUUACACAUUAACAAGUAAUAUAAUUGAAAAUGGAUCUACAUCAUCUAUUAUAUCUCAAACAAAAUCAACAAUAGCAUCAAUUCAGUCACUUGUUGAUCAAAUGAAUUCUUAUCGUAGUACAAAAAUACUUGCUCGUAUACAAGCUUGUGAUUCAAAUAUGAAAUUAAAUGAUAUAUGUGAAAUGUAUUCAAUUGAUAAUAAUACAAGUUUAUUAAUACGUCAAUCAAAUAUUGAAUUUUAUACGUUACAACAUCUUUUUGAUGUUCUUGUUAAUCGAAUAAUUGUACAAAAAUUAAAUGAAUUUUGUUUACCAAUUAAAUGGUGUUUAAAAAAUUUAUCCGAGAGUGAUAUUUAUAUUACAUCUGAUAUUAUACAAGAACGUGGACGUUCAUUUUGUUAUUUAGAACAAUGUCAUUCACGGCUAUUAGUUUAUAUUAAUACAUGUCCAAUACUUUCGAAUAAAAAUAUAAGCAUACCAACAUUAAAAUUAUUAUCAAUGUUAUGUACUCUUUAUAAUGAACAACAACGUUGGAGUUCAACUCAGUGCAUAGAAGGAAUUGUUUAUUUUCUUCAUAUACUUUAUGCUUUUUGGCCUCAAAUUGAGAAAUGUUAUGAUAAUAUUUCUGCUGGUUUUGAUGGUUGUACAUCUGAAUGUCAAUCAUUUAAUGAUAUUUUGAAUCAAGUAAAAAUUCAAUGUGAUGAUUAUGGAACAUUUUUAUCUCGAGUACCUGCUUUAGAUUGGUAUCAAUCGAUUAAUUUAAAAGAAAUAUGUUAUCGAAAAAAUAUUUCAACAAGCCAUCGAUUUAUCUAUUCAGUAGAGAACUUUUUUUCUUCGAGUUUAUUUUGGGAUCGAUUUCAUUCAAAAUUUCGAUUUAAUUCAAAUAAUCGACGAUUUGAUAAUAAUUAUGAAUAUACUCAAUUACAUAACUCAUCAUUUGAAUUUGAAACCAAUACUGAAAUUCCAAAUACGAAUUCAACAAUAAAUCAGAUAAUGAAUGAUGAAUCACAAGCUGUUUCAAAUGAUCGUUUUCAUCCAUUUGAAUAUCAACGAUUAUUACAUACAGAAUCAUAA